CGCCAGCGCUAUGAGAAAACGGGAACACCCGAAGGUAAUGAAGCACCGACAACCGGCCCACCAAAUAAUAGACGGAGUGCCUAGAUGCAUCAACAUAAAUGCAGACAGGCUGAGAGAAAAUCUUAAAUUCAGAGCGAAGAAAGGAGACGUCGUGCAAUCUACUUUUCCGAAGAGUGGGACGCAUUGGUUGAUGUACAUUACACAGCUCAUCCUGAGGGAAGGAGAACCGAUAACCACACACGACGAGUUCAGUAAAGAAUGGCGCUUCUUGGAGUACAUGGACAUCAAGAACUGGAACUCGUCUCUACCCCUGAGAACAUUUUCUACACACCUGGCUCUGGACAAAAUCCCAGUGACAGAAGAAGCAAAGUAUAUCUACGUCGCCCGUAAUCCAUGGGAUGUCUGCGUCUCAUUCUACCACAUGGCGAGCAACUUGAGUGUCUUUGAUUUCCAGGAUGGCACUUUCGAAGAGUUCGUGGAUACUUUUCUGAAUGGCAACUUCGGUUACGGGGACUACUUCGACCACGUAGCAUCGGGUUACAAUCUCAGGGAACAACCGAAUGUGUUCUUCGUAACCUACGAAGAAUUGAAGAAGAACACGCGAGAGGUUGUGCUGAGGCUGGCGUACUUUUUGGGAGAGCGAUAUGGCCGUGCUUUCGAAAAUGACGAAACGCUGCUUCAAGAGCUCCUGCGGAGGUCACAGCCAGAUCACAUGCGAUGCGUGGUGGUGAUUAAUAUGAAUGGCAGCCCGAACCCUCACUGGGACGCGAUGGUGAAGCAAAGAAAGGUUACCUGCAAGGAAGGCUACGAAGGAGACGAGAAUAGGUAUGCCUUGGUGAGAAAAGCCACGGUAGGAGGUUGGAAGGAGCACUUUACACCUGACCUCCUCCGGCGCAUGGAGCAGCGGAUUCUUGAGGCAGAAAAGAAAUCUUCCUUCAUGGACCUCUGGAAGGACAUUCGAGAUGAAGCGAAAAAUGCUUUCGAGAGUUCCGAAUAAAAAGCGUUGCUCCGGCACUUCUACAAUAGGGUUGUCCUUCAGCAGACUUGCAUUGCAGCCAAUUUUCUUUAGGCAACGCAGGCACCUUA